CCUCAGUUAUUUGCUGCAUAUUUAUCCAAAUAGUUUUAAGUCGCGAUCAGUUCCGAGCGUGUCAUAUACGAUACACUCGCGCGAGUCCAGUUUGCAGGCUGUAACUUGAAUUCUGGUUAUUUGCUUUGUAAAGCGAGCAAGUGAAUGUCGCAGUAGCACGUGCUUUGUGUACCAGAAUGGCGUUUAACGAAAACACAAGGCCGGUACUGCUGCCGAACUGCAGGAAUUAGCAGACAAUAUGGAUUUGAAUGACUCGGAUAUAGAUGAUAACAUUGAUAUCGGCGAAUCGGGUGAGGAGCAGGAGGAGUUUUUUCAACAGCCUGACGUAACACCACAGGAUGACAAUUUCGAUACUUCCGAUGAAGAACCCUUGAUAAACAUUGUAAAGAGAAUUAGUGAUCGUUGUAGGUAUAGACAUAAAGAAGAAUUUUAUCCAUCAGUAGUGAGAGAGUUUGUUCAAGAAGAAAUAAACAGAAGCGUCAAAGAACCAAUGCAAUAUUUUUGCAAAUAUCUUGACGACGAUUUUUUUGAAAAUAUUGCACAUUUCAGCAAUAUUAGAGAAGUGAAAACUACCGGAAAAUCUUUAGGAACUUCUUCUGCAGAGAUCAAAAGGUUUUUUGGAUGUUCUAUGCUGAUGGGCAUCUACAAUCUACCACGCAUUAAAAUGUACUGGGGUGUACAAACUAGAGUACCCAUAAUUUCUGAAAAAAUGUCUCGGAAUAGGUUCUUCGUUCUGAGAUCGCGCCUGAAGCUUGUUGAUGAUGACAUGGUCAGUAAAGAAGCAAGGGAUCUAGAUAGGUUUUGGAAGGUAAAGCCUAUGCUAGAGAAAAUUCAACGAGGUUGUCGUUCAAAUAUCAGAACAGAAAAUGUGUCAAUAGACGAACAGAUGAUACCUUUUCAUGGACAAGUUAAAAUGAGACAAUUCGUAAGAGGUAAGCCAAAUCCGGUAGGCCUCAAAGCUUUUGUUAUGACAACACCACAGGGAAUACCUUUAGAUAUUUUAAUGUACGAAGGGAAGGGUACUUCAGUAGAUUCCAUACUUGUAGACACGCCAGAAAAGCUUAACGUCGGAGGGAGAUAUGUUUUAAAACUGGCCGAUACACUACCAAAGGGAGUUUCAGUUUUUACGGAUAGGUUUUUUACAUCUAUACCUUUGGUAGAUUGUAUGUUAUCAAGAUCCUUGACUGUUACUGGUACUCUAAUGUCUAAUAGAGUUCCUAAAGAGGCGAAAUUCGAAUCGGACAGCAUUCUAAAGAAACGAGGCAGGGGCUCAUCGGAUCAAUUAGUAAGACAAGACGAGAAGAUGGUCCUAGUAAAAUGGUUUGACUCUAGGCCAGUGCAAAUGGCGUCAUCUAAGUGUGGUUCUGAGCCUCUAGGAGAAUGCAAAAGGUGGUCAAAAUCUGACAAUAAAUACAUACAGAUUCCACAGCCAAACGUUAUUAAGGAAUAUAACGCAUUCAUGGGUGGAGUUGACUUACUUGAUCGGGUCAUCGGAAAAUAUUGUAUGAGGUCAAGGACAAAAAAAUGGACAAUACGUUUCAUUUAUCAUUUUUUUGAUUUUGCUGCUGCUGCUUCUUGGUUGGAAUAUCGUGAAGAUGCCUCUUUAGCACGUCUUGAGAAAAAACAGAUCAUGGAUUACAUGGAUUUUAAAUUUGCUAUUGCACAAGCACUUCUUUACAAUUUGGAAGAUAAAGAAAAUGAAACAUCAGAAGAUGAAGAAGCUGUUGAAAUUAAAAAGCCUAGGCUAGUUGAAGCACUACCUGCAAGAGAUGUUAACUUUUACCAGGUGUACCGCUUGUAAUGUUUUUCUAUGCUGCAGUGUAAAUAGAAAUUGUUUUUUACUAUUUCAUAAGUAAAUUUGCAGUUCUAUGAUAUAAAUUUGCUUUGUAACAUUGAAUUAAUAAAUUUACUUUUUUAACUUAUCAUUUCUUUAAUAUAUUUUUUGUGUAGAUGGAGAUCCAAGGUAUCAUAGAUGAUACCUGGCAUAAAACCAAAAAUCUAUUUUUGUUUCAAAAAAUUUGCUU